AUGGGUCGGGGCGGGGGGUGCAGGAGGCAAGUGGAGGGUAUUCUGUCAGGGGUGGAAAAGGGGCAGGGACGUGCUGUGGUGAGCAGGGCCGGCAUGGAUGCCCCAGCAACGCCAGCAACACCAGCAAUACCCAGAACACCAGGAGCACCAGGAGCACCAGGACUGGGAGGAUCAUCUGGGUUAGCAGUGGGGAAAACAGGUGCAGGAGGGGCGCAGGCAGGGAAGCUACAGGGGGGGAUGGAGAGAGGGGCAGGAGGGGCUGUGGGAGGGGCAGGAAUCGGGGCUGCUUCGGAAGCAGUUCAUGGGUCGGGGGCAGGGGCAGGUGGUGGCGGAGGAGAAGGAGGAGCAGGAAGGGUUGUGGAGGGUGCAGGUGCAGCGUCGGCGGAGGCGUUGCCUGGGGCUUCAGUGCAGCCUGACGUGCAUGUGGUGGCAGAGGGUCUGCUGCCCAACCGGCUGCGGGCAGUGUGUGUAGCACACGCCCUCACACGCGCCUCAGGCCUCUCCGUGCGCCUGCACUGGCGCCAGCACAUGCUGCUCCCUCCUACCGCCAUGCGCACAGCAGCCACACAACCAGACAUCCCCCCAGCCACAGCCACAGCAGCAGGAACAGCAACAGGCGCAGGAACAGGUGCAGGGACAGGCGCAGGCAGCUUGAGUGGUGGCGGUGUGGGGGGUGUGGGCGGGGGUUAUGUGGCAGCGGCGUUUGAUGAUCUGCUGAUGCGGCUGCCGGGUAUGACAGUGGACGUGCGCGAGGAGGUGGUGGUGAUGCCGGGCGAGCAGGGCAAGGCGGGCUUUGCAGGCGCGGAUGCGCAGGCGGGUGCGGGAGGGUUCAAGCCUCCUGCUGGCUUCGUGCUGCAGAAGCUACCUAUGGAGUCGCCAGCCUGUGGUCCGGCGCCCUUCCACCAGCGCCAGCACGGCCCCAUCCUGCUCUACCUCUCCUCGCCCGCUUCCCACUCGCACCAACUUCAAGAGUGCAUACAGGGCAUCAUCAACGCCACGUCAGCCUGCCAGCUGGCGACGCCUCUUAAGACGUGCUACAGCCAGCUGGCCCCGGCGGCGCCCGUGGAGCAGCUGAUGGCCAAUGAGAACAUGACACGUGUGCGCGAGUCCACCGGGGUGUACUUUGAGGGCCCCACGUCAUCCCCAGUGCUAUACGGGGGCUUCCUCUGUCCAGCGCCAUGGGUGCUCAACUGCUCACUGCACCACCUACUACACCACAUGCUACACACCCCCUCCGCCACCUUCACCACAGCCUCCUUCUUCCCCUCCUUUUCCACCGUUCUCUCCCGCGCGCUGCACCCCUCGCGCCUCCCCAUCCUGCUCGCUGCCUCUGCGCGCCGCUACACGCUCUGCUCCUUCUUCCGCCCGCCCUCGCUGCCCAUGCGCCCGCCCCAGCCCCCUGCCAACGGCACAUCUCGCACCACAGCGGGCGCCAGGCGGCGGCUGCUGCAGGCGAAGGCUCAGCCUGGAGCAGGUGGUUCUGCGAGGACGGGGAAGAAGCCGGGGGGGCUGCUGGGGGGUGGGGCAGCAGGUGCCAGCAGGAAGGGCAAGAUUUUCCCUCUGGACGUCGCCAGGCAGUGCGACCAGCUCUGGCUAGCGGAGCUGUUCACACUGGGACGCACGAGGGCGCUGCUGCACCUGGCACGCUCCAUAGAAUCCGACUUCAUCGCCUCCCAGGCCGCUGCAGCCGAGGCAGCAGAGCGGCUGGAGGCAGAGGCGAACGCAGUACUGGCAGGCAUCGAUGUGUUCCUUGCUCUGUACCACAACGAGGGCGGUGAUGGGCAGGGCGGGAGUGGUGGUGGUGCUGCUGGUGGGGGGGCUGGUGGUAAGGGGAAGGGAGGGGUGUCGCCGCGGUUUGCGCUGCUGCCGCUGAUCCCCAGCACGGCCCAGGCCACGAGCUUGUUCACGAGGAGCACUGUUGCGCAUCAGCUUAUAGUGGAUGAGCGUCUCAGCACCAUGUAUUGUUUCAUCCCCAAGGUGGCAUGCACGGCCUGGAAGGUGUGGUUCCGCACGUACCAUCACCUGCCCAACGCCGCCAGCGUUGACUGGGCGCAUGCCCCCGGCGCCAACGGACUCCCCGAGCUCUGGUUCGCCUUUGACGAGGCCGCAGCGCUGCGCGCGCUGUCCGAUAGAAGGCUGUUCCGGUUUGUGUUUUUGAGGGACCCGUUUGCGCGCGUGGCGUCGGCGUAUCUGGAUAAGCACGUGGCGGGGGGCGUGGGGAGCAAGGGGCGGAGGGCGAGUGGGAGCGAGGAGAGGAUACUCAAGGGGCGCCAGCAGUGGAACAUGCUCUUCUUCUCCCGGGUGCCGAAGCUGCUAGCACAACUAGCAAACCCAGUGUCGCAUCUGCUGUCCUUCCGCGACUUUGUCUACCUCAUCGAGCGAGUGCCCAAGGACUGGCUCGAACCACACAUCGCACCGCAGGCGCGGCUAUGCGGGCUUCACGACAUCAAGUACGACUACGUGGGGCGCCUGGAGUCUCUGGAGCGCGAUGCUGCUGCCGUGCUGCACCGCCUGGGCGACCUCCCCUCCUACUCCCUCUUCUCCUCCCCCACCUCUGCUGCCUCGCUCGCUGACGCCGAUGCCUCUUCCGAUCCGGCUACUCUCUCCCUCGCCAUGACUGCUGCUGCUGGCACUGCUGGUACUGCAGCUGGUACUGGUGCUGGAGCAGCCACUGUUGCGGGGGGGAGCAAGGCGCAGGUGGGAGUGGGGCAGUUUCAUGUCACCAAUGCUGCGAACAAGCUUCUGGAGCUGUACGAUAAGGAGACGUAUGAGCGAGUGAAGCGGAUUUACUGGGUGGAUCUGAGCAUCCCUCUCAACAAUAUCACUGCAGACAUCCCCCGCGUGUUGAGAGAAAAGUUUGAAACGCCCAAGAAAGCACCUACAAGGCACUGA